GGAAAACCUGGAUGAGGGGCCAAGCCAUGGAGGUUUUAAGAGGCGGUGUCUGGGAAGAGGGACAGAGGGCACCGCCUCGGAAGAGGGGGGCUCCCAGGCUGGGGACUAGACACCCAGUGCUUCUGAUCCAGACUAUAGCCUUCGUUUUCCCUGGGUUCGCCAUGGAGCCCUUCUGUCUGCUCCUCCUGGCAGGUGUUAGCCUGCCUUUCGCCAAGGCUCUCAAGGGCAACGAGACCACCCCAGCGGAGAGCAACUUGACCUCUACGACCGCAGGCCCUCCGGCCCCCCGCGCGUCCCGGCCCCUGCUGGCCUGGCUGCUGCUGCCUCUGCUGCUGUUAGUCGUCUCCCUCCUCCUCGCCGCCUACUUCUUCAGGUUCAGGAAGCAGAGGAAAGCCGUGGUCAGCGCCAAUGACAAGAAGGUGCCCAACGGAAUCCUGGAAGAACAAGAGCAGCAAAGAGUGAUGCUUCUCAGCAGGUCCCCCUCCGGGCCCAAGAAGUACUUCCCCAUCCCCGUGGCGCACCUGGAGGAGGAGAUCCGCGUCCGGUCGGCAGAUGACUGUAAGCGCUUUCGGGAGGAGUUCAACUCAUUGCCAUCUGGACACAUACAAGGAACUUUUGAACUGGCUAAUAAAGAAGAAAAUAGAGAAAAAAACAGAUAUCCCAACAUCCUUCCCAAUGAUCAUUCCAGGGUGAUUCUGAGCCAAGUGGAUGGAGCCCCCUGUUCAGACUAUAUUAAUGCUUCGUACAUAGAUGGUUACAAGGAGAAGAAUAAAUUCAUAGCGGCUCAAGGCCCUAAACAGGAGACAGUUAAUGACUUCUGGAGAAUGAUCUGGGAACAGAAGUCUGCAACCAUUGUCAUGUUGACGAACCUGAAAGAAAGGAAGGAGGAGAAAUGCUAUCAGUACUGGCCGGACCAGGGAUGCUGGACCUACGGAAACAUCCGCGUGUGCGUGGAGGACUGUGUGGUUCUGGUCGACUACACCAUCCGGAAGUUCUGCAUACAGUCGCAGCUCCCCGAUGGCUGCAAAGCCCCGCGGCUCGUCUCCCAGCUGCACUUCACCAGCUGGCCCGACUUUGGAGUGCCUUUCACCCCCAUCGGGAUGCUGAAGUUCCUGAAGAAAGUGAAGGCCCUCAACCCCGCCCAUGCCGGGCCCAUAGUGGUCCACUGCAGCGCCGGCGUGGGCCGGACGGGCACCUUCAUAGUGAUCGAUGCCAUGAUGGACAUGAUGCACGCCGAGCACAAGGUCGACGUCUUCGACUUCGUGUCGAGAAUCCGCAACCAGCGCCCUCAGAUGGUUCAAACAGAUAUGCAGUACACGUUCAUCUACCAAGCCUUACUGGAGUACUACCUCUACGGGGACACCGAGCUGGACGUGUCCUCUCUGGAAAACCACCUGCAGACGCUGCACGGCACCGCCGCCCACUUCGACAAGAUCGGGCUGGAGGAGGAGUUCAGGAAACUGACAAAUGUCCGGAUCAUGAAGGAGGACAUGAGGACGGGCAACCUGCCGGCCAACAUGAAGAAGGCCAGAGUCAUCCAGAUCAUUCCGUAUGACUUCAAUCGGGUGAUCCUUUCCAUGAAAAGGGGUCAAGAAUACACAGACUACAUCAACGCCUCCUUUAUCGACGGCUACCGACAGAAGGAUUAUUUCAUCGCCACCCAGGGGCCCCUGGCGCACACGGUGGAGGACUUCUGGCGGAUGGUCUGGGAGUGGAAGUGCCACACGGUCGUGAUGCUGACGGAGGUCCAGGAGCGAGAGCAGGAUAAAUGCUACCAGUAUUGGCCAACAGAGGGCUCAGUGACUCACGGCGAAAUAACAAUCGAAAUAAAAAGCGACACGCUUUCCGAAGCCAUCAGCAUACGGGACUUCCUGGUCACUUUCAAUCAGCCCCUGGCCCGCCAGGAGGAGCAGACCCGACUGGUGCGCCAGUUCCACUUCCACGGUUGGCCCGAGAUCGGGAUCCCGGCGGAGGGCAAAGGCAUGCUCGACCUCAUCGCGGCCGUGCAGAAGCAGCAGCAACAGACCGGCAACCACCCCAUCACUGUGCACUGCAGUGCUGGAGCCGGGCGAACAGGUACAUUCAUUGCGCUCAGCAACAUUCUGGAACGAGUGAAAGCCGAGGGCCUUUUAGACGUAUUCCAAGCUGUGAAGAGUUUACGACUUCAGAGACCGCAUAUGGUGCAAACCCUGGAACAGUAUGAAUUCUGCUACAAAGUGGUACAAGAUUUUAUUGAUAUAUUUUCUGAUUAUGCUAAUUUCAAAUGAAAUUCCUGCCUUAAAAUAUUUUUUAAUUUAAUGGUCAGUAUAUUUUAUAAAAAUCAUGUUAAUUUAUUGCAUAGUUGACAUUAAUACCCGUCCUAAUUUCUUUGUAUAUAUUUUGUUACGCUUUCAAGGCCACUGCUAUAAAGUUAUUAAAUCUUAAAUACCCCUUUUAAAAACGGGAGUAAUGUAUUAAGGUCAAGUAAUAUCCCGUAAAAUGCAUUUCUGCUAAUAUCGGUAAAUAUUCUAAUUUUGCAUUAGAUUCAUCAUAUCCUAUAAUUUCACACAUUCAGCACGUCUAAAUGUUAAAAAUCUUAAUAUGCCAUGUGUGCUUGACGCAGGAGAGUAAACACAGAGCCCGCUGUUAAGAAAGCGGUCGAGGACUCAAAAAUCAGUUGAAAAUUCCCUGUCCAGACGCUGAUUUUUACAGCCCUGCGCAGUGGCAUUUUGCGGGAGGUAAAAUGUUCAUGGAGAUACACUGUAAGUAGGAGAUCCUGUGAAGUCCUCCGUCUCAACUCAUGUGGUUUACUUUUUACAUUUUAAAGAUCAAGGGCGUCACAGCCCGCGUGCAGGUAUAAAAUGCAUGAGCGCAGUUGGUGACCAUAUAGUGAUACACGUGCAUUUACUCACGGCUGGGUCCGUGCUGUCUGGGCCAGAAGUGGGGAGAUGUCGGUGCUGGUGGCACGGUCACCCGUGGCCCUGGGUACGGCAAAAUCAGCUGUCAGGCUGCGUUCCCACGUGGCCACUUGCUGUCCGUCUGUCUGAGUGUCUGGCUCAGAGGAGUCUCUGAGAAUCAAACCAACUGCGUUUCUCACUCGUGCCUCUGGUCUCGAGCUACCUAGAGGCUCAACACAAACCACUUCCUAAUCCUAUCGUGCGGAUGGAGCCAAACGUCUGACUCACGCAGAUGCCAAGAGCACACGCUUGGGGAGACCACCACAAGCACUGAUGCUUUCAACUUUCUGAGAAUAUUUUGGCUUGUUUUGUUUUUUGGUUUUUUUUUUAAAUCUUGUACAAGCUAAGAUUGUUUGUAAGAAAAGAAAUCUUAAAAUCUAGAUUUAUACAGUUUUUUUUAAAGUCCCCCUCCUCAAUAUUUAAAUAAAAGACACAGAGAGAGAAAUCCUUAAUCUAAAGGCUAACUUAUUUUUGAAUGGAAAUACUACUGAGACCUUUGACACUGGAUAAUAAUAAUCUCACUGCCAGACUGGAUUGGCUUAUGGGGCGACAAAAGGGAGAAGGUUGAAUGUAGAAAAGUUUAAUUUAAUGACGGUGAUCUUUCUGUGGCCAUUAGGUAGCAGAUGAGCAUAUGAGCACAAUAUAUAUAUGUAUAAAAAUAUAAAAAAAUA